AUGGGGCUGUUCGACGCAGCCAGCAGGGUGUGGGACAGGCUGACCGAGUCGGACUCGGCAUGGACCAUGAUCGCAGCUUCGGUCGGUGUCGGGGUCGGUCUGACGGCGGUGGAGGCGUACCUGUCGCGUGGACGCGUGGCGCAGUACAUAGAGAACACGUUCAGGCGCCACAAUCCAGACAUGUCACAGGGGGACGCAAGGGAGGUCGUGCGCGGAACGUCCACGCGCGUGGUCGCCCUGGCCCACCACGCGGUGCAGCUCCCCGUCGCCAUCGCGCUCCUGGCCACCGACAAGACCUUUUGGGACCACCCCUUUUCUCACGCGACGCCGCUGUCCAAGUGCUUCAUGGUCUCCGUCGCAGGGUACUUCCUGCACGACACGUGGAUCUGCUGGCGCGACAUCCAGUACGACGGCGUCCAGAUGUUCCUGCACGGCGCGCUCGCGGCCAUGCUGUACGUCGGCGGCGUCGCGACGUCCGCGUGGCACUUCUGGGGCAUGGUCUUCUUCACGUGGGAGCUCUCGACGCCCUUCGUGCACCUCCGCUGGGCGCUGCACCGCGCGGGGCAGAAGCGCACGCCGCUCUACCGCCGCAACGGCGUGGCGCUGAUCGUGGCGUUCUUCCUCGUGCGCAUCGUGUGGGGGCUGUACGCGUCGGCGUACUUCUGGCGGGAGUCCGCGCUGAGUUUGCGCGGGGAGGUGGAGAACCCCGCGGGCCCUGCGCUGACGCAGGUGGCGCGCUCGUUCAACGUGCUGCUCUGCGGGCUCAACCUGUACUGGUUCCAGAAGAUGAUUCGGAUCGCCGCGGCCACGUUCCUCGGCGGGGCGGCGCAGAAGGACAUCGACCAGGUGAACCAGGGGCUCUCUGAGAAGACGGAAGAGUGA